AUGGGUGGUUACAUUCCUUUUCUGAAGGCAGCAAGGACACUGUGCCCCAGAAUCAUGCCCCCUUUGCUGUUGCUGUCUGCCUUCAUAUUUUUAGUCCUGGGAGGAGCCCAGAGACACAACCCAGAGGGCAAGACAAAGAUGAUAUCAAUACACAGUCUCUUCGAGCUGGAGCGUCUGAAGCUGCAAGAGACUGCUUACCAGGAACUCGAGGCCAGACAUUUCCUCUCUGAAUUCAGACCUGACAGAGUUCUACCCACUGAUCACCCAAACACCUUGUUGAAGUGGUUUCUGAUUGUGAAAGGACAACAGAAGUCCAUAUCACUCAAGAUGUUUGGCCUUCGUCUGGAAGAGGUGCUGGUGAAUGAGUUUACCCUCCGUAAGCAUCUAGAACUAAGAGCCACAAUGCAAAUUGAAGAAUCUGUGAGUCAGGCUACCAGCGGCUGUCAGGGAAACCGGCUGCAAAAAGUGUUUGGCUUCAUCAGGCGUUUUUUCAAUUGCAGAGGGGAUCACCCUUCCUUACCCCAAGAGUUCACUCGCUGUGGGCAUCGAGGUGCAGUAUAUGUAGAUAGCCUGGCUGACCUGAAGAAUGGGGCCCUGCUGCUGCAGACCCUGCAGCUUUCCAGGAUUUCCUUUCCAAUUGGCCAGAGACUUCUGGGAUCCAAAAAGAAAAUGAGCCUCAAUCCAAUUGCUAAACGAGUCCCCCAGGUUGUUGAGGCUUGCUGCAAUUUUAUUGAGAAACGUGGCUUAAGCACAGUGGGGAUUUUCACUCUGGAAUACUCCGAGAAGAGAGUACUUGAGCUCCAUGAAGAAUGCGAUCAAGGUCUGGAUGCAGUACUGGAUGACACUCAGAAUGUAUAGGAUGUGGCUACACUUCUUAAGGAGUUUUUUGGCAACAUUAAGGACUCUCUGCUGCCAGAUAAUCUAUAUAUGUCCUUCCUUUUGACAGCAACUCUGAAGCCACAGGAUCAUCUUUCUGCAUUGCAAUUUCUGGUUUAUCUGAUGCCACCCUGCCACAGUGACGCCCUGGAGUGUCUGAGGAAGGCCCUGCAUAAAAUCGCUGAGAACUGUGAGGACUCCAUUGGCCUUGAUGAGCAGUUGGUUUCAGGCAACCGUAUGACUUCCACUAAUUUGGCCUUGGUGUUUGGAUCUGCUCUCCUGAAGAAGGGGAAAUUUACCAAGAAGGAGUCCAGGGAAACAAGACUGGGAAUUGACCACUACAUUGCUUCUGUCAAUGUGGUCUGAGCCGAGAUUGAUAACUGGGAUAUCUUCUUCCAGAUGCCUCCCCAUAUUCAGAGGCAGAUUGCUAAGCAUGCGUGGAAAUCCAGUCCCAAGGUCAGAUGCAGGAAUUUGAAGAAGAUCCAGAGUGCACGAAUAAAGAUGGGAGAGGAUGCUUUACUUUCUGAUCCAGUGGAAAACUCUGCUGAAGUCUGGGCUGCUGUUCUUGCUCAAAGCAAGGCAUUUGAUGAAGAUCAUUUCCUUCCUGAAGAUUCCUCUGAGGAGCCAGCUGUGCCUUCAGGCACUACCCAUUUCCAUGACGAUGAGGAAGGAGUGGGUAACCGCCCCCCCCCGCGCAUUCUGGAGCAAGAACACCCAUUGCUUCGUGUGCCCCGGGAAAAGGAGGCCAAAACUGGCAUAGGCUACUUCUUUCCUUAG